AUGGGAAAUGACUCAGAGUCCCUUAAUGACGAGAGAAACGUGAUGAUGCUUGACAAACUAAUACAUGAUGAGCUUGGUGCCUUCAGAUUCGCUUUUAUCGCAACGGGCAUUGCCAACCAGUACAAGAUAAAGACCUACAAAGACACUUUCAGUGCGCAGUUUCAUCAUCUACCUGCAGAUCGUAUCGUGAUGUUCUGCUCACACGAAGGAAACUGGGAUCUCCCAGAUCCUGAACUCCUCAGAGUUCAUGCUGCACUGGCUGAGUUCUUCCAUAUGAGUGGCCAUGGAGAACGUAUCCAAAAGAUCUUAAGGGAUUUUGAAGAACUGGGUGUUUGA